AUGCACACCGAAGAAAUCCUGACGAGCUGGCUGAACCACUUUCCAUGGAGUUCCAGAGAAUGCAUGAGGAAAUUCGCAGAUCCUGAAAGGGAAGAGUAUGACAUGGUUCAGUUUACGGAUGAGGAGUCAUAUGGGAGGUUUCUGGAUAUGCAUGAGAUACACGCUUUAUAUCUAAAUUUGAAAAAUGUUAAGAAACUUGAUUACAUCACAUAUCUCGCCCAGUUCGAUAAGUUCACAGAAAUUCCAAGGAAUACGACGAAGAAAACUGGAGCUUAUAAAGGAAUAUUUGAACACCCUCAGGAAUACCUCGUUUACUUUAUGGAACGCACCCGACCUCUUCACAAUCUCAAGGAGGACUUUGCCAAGAGUGACGCCGAGGUCGAUCGCAUGCUCGCAGAGGGAACGUUGCCGGGAUGGCCAAAACAAAAUGCACCCAAAGAGGUUCCUAUUUCCAAGCUUGAUGUGGCUGCUAUCGACGUAUCUGCCUAUAGCAGUCCAUUGGAAUUGGAAAGUUUAGGCCUUGACAGACUGAAAGCCGCUUUGAUGGCUUUGGGCUUGAAAUGUGGAGGAACACUCAAAGAGCGUGCUGAGCGUCUAUAUGCAUCGAAAGGAUUGAGAGCUGGUGAUUUAGGGAGAGACGCUUUGGCGAAGAAGACAGAUGAAGCCAAGGAGCAGGCACGGACAGCGGCAUUGGCGAAGACUCGAAGGUCACAUCAAGUGGUUGGUUCUUUGGACUCAUUUCGAAUUAAUUUGUAG